CGCCUGCAUUCCGAAGCUGUGGUCAGCUGUUGAUCGUGGUGUAAUGCAAUAUUGGAAGUGCUCGGAGUAGACAUGUCUGUAUCUUCGGGAUAGUUACACGGAAAUCGUCAUUUUUCGGAAUGUUUUUUUUCGUGGAGACAGCCUUGUACUCAGCACUGGAGGUCGCAUAUACUUUUCCAAGGAUAUAGAAGGUAAUUUGUUGCUCGAAUGCUGCGAUUUUCAAGGAAACCUUCAGCGAAAGAUAAGCAGGCAAAAGGGAAGAACUCUAAACCUGGAAAAAAUAAAGGAAAAAAUAAGCAGCCAGUUACGCCAGUUGAAACCAGAGAUGGAAGAAAUAACUUGAUUGGGAUUCAAGAAUGCAGAAAGUUGCUAGCAAGUGUGUCAAAGAAGAAGUCUGCAAAGUGUGUGGCAACAUUUCGAAGAAGGUCACAGUUGUCCAAGACUCUGGUGGAAGUGCUCAUGGAUGACAGUGUUUUACCCUAUUUUAUGGAAUACAUGCAAAAGCAAAGUGCUACAAAUUUGUUAAACUUCUGGCUUACUGUGGAAACAUUCAGAUUAUCAACUAUAAAUCGCUUGAGAAUUAAUUCACGGUUAAAGUCUCCAAAAGUGGAAAAUGCCAAUGCUGUUGGAGAUACAAGUGACAGCACAUCAGACUCUUCCCAUUUAUAUACUCUACAAAAUUCAGUAGAGGGUGCUUGCUCUUCAAAUAAGACAACAGAUCAGUUGUGCUCUGUGGACAAUGAUGAGUUUGGUGACUUCACUGGUUGUAAGCCAGAACCAUUCUCAGCUGUUCACUCCAUUUCAAAGGAUACUGGUGAUACUUUGUUGUUUUGCAAAAAUUGUGGACAUUUGAUCAACCUUUCCUCAUCAAAGAAGGAUGUAUGUAAUCACUGUGGACACACGAUUGGUUACAAACAAACCAGCAAUAAUGCCGUCAGUUGUAAUGUUCCCUCUGGUUAUAACGAGAGACAGACAAGUGCUGAUAAUAGUUUGGAAAAUGGUAUCAAUCAACCAGAUUGUUAUAAUCAGUCAUUGGUCAACAAUCAGUGUUCUGGUGAUUACGAAAGAAGUGACACAAAAAUGAAAGUGGGAGUGCGGUCAUCUAAAGUAACGUUUGAUUUAAGACCAGACUUUGAGGAUGGAGAACAUAGUUUUCAUCGGAGAAGGACACGGAGCAUUGUCAUAGAUGCUAUUACUAUUUAUAGCAAAUACAUUUCACUCGAAGCAUCAAAUCCAUUAGGGCUGGAGGAGUCAAUUCGAAGACAGAUUGAAAUUAAUAUCUGCAGUGAAGAUGGAAAGAUUUCUUCAGAUUCCUUUCAACCAGCUCAGAAGUUUGCAUUUGAUGUUAUGGAAAAAAUGUACUUCCCUGCUUUUCUUGCAAGUCCUUUUUAUUGCAAGCAUCAAAUUGAUGUCUUGACAGGUGGAAAAGUGUUUCUUUCAGACAUUUUGUACAAUCAAAAUGCCAUGUUUUACUUUAUGGAGUACCUAGAACAGGAAGGAACUCAACACAUGCUGGAAUUCUGGUUAACAGCAGAUAAUUUUCAGUCUCACUUAGAAUCGCAAAUCCAAAUCAACCAGUACGAUGCACAGCAUGCUCUUAGUGAUGCUAUGGUCAUAUAUGACAAGUAUUUUUCCAUGCAAGCGACUGUACCUCUUGGUUUUGAUGAUGUCACAAGAAUUGAAACAGAGAACAAUAUUUGUCGCGAAGGUGGCCCUCUACCAGAAUGCUUUACAAAUCCAAUGGAACAUGUCCUUUGCCUUCUUGAAGAGGUCUUUUUCCCAAGUUUCCUUAAAAGUCCCAUCUACUACAAGUAUCUCACGGAGCUGCUAAAUUCUGUUAGUGAGAGUCAAUCUUCCCGGACCCUUUCUGCCUCUGUUGGCAGUGAAGAUGAUGUUAGGAGACCUGGUACCCACACAGAUGAAAAUAGUCAUUUAGUGAAGGCAACAUUUGGCUCAGACUCUGAUCUUACAGAAGACCCAGAUGCUCUUUGGCAAAGACCCUAUGCUGGACUAUCACUUGGCAAAGUGAAUGAGUUUGGAAUUUUUGAACCGGUCUUUGAGCCUGAACCAGACAGUGGUAAUGGAACCUCAACAGCUUCCAUGCUAGGAAAGGCCUUGAGAAAGUUGGUAUCUGGAGGAGAGGACAAGGUAAAAGUCAUUUCAUAA